UUAGGGAGUAAAAUCCAUUUGCAAACUUGGGGGGUGGGGAGAAAAGAAGAGAAAGUUUAAUAACAUUGUCAAUGUAUUUGCCACAGAACUAAAAUAUUAGCUUGAUUAAGGAAUACAUAAUAUAUUGCGACUGUAUUCUAGAUAUAUUCAAUAUAAGAAAAUGGGUUUUUGUUCUCCAUUGCAAAUUGUAAUUGCAUAUGCGUCGGAAGAUGUCUGCUGCAACUGUAGGAAUGAAGACUGCUUAUUUCAUGUUAUUUUUGCUGGCCUUGACCUUCGUUCCCGAGCACGUGGAUGGUUGGUUCUUCCGGUCUGUACGCAGAAUCCGCUUCAGCCCCUACCACACGCUAGGUUGUAUGGCGGCCUGCAAGUGGGCCAGGAGCUGGGCGUGUAAGGCCUGCAAUAGGAAGCGGGGACUCGACAUGGGAGCCGAUGCUGUAGAUCCAGUUGAGGAUGCAGAUGUGCCGACCGUUCUGCAUGAUCUGGAUGUGAACGGAGAUGGUUUUGUCGAGCUGAAUGAGAUCGCCCACGUGACCGGCCUGAAAGUAACCAACCCAGUUUUAGUUAAAGGAUUCCACACGGCAGAUUCGGAUGGUGAUGCCAAACUGAGCCUCGUUGAAUUCAAACAAUUCCAUUUCGACAACAAAGAAGAAUUUCUGGAAGCCAUGAAAGAGGACGGCGCAGAUACUCCAUGACACGAUGACGUCCA